GGCGCCGGCGACGACAGGGCCGAUAGGCAAGAAACAAGUCGCGCGAACGUGCACGUUUCAAGUUCCGGUAGUCCUCGAACGGCAGGCGCGUGGCGUGUAUGCGCGACACCCGACGUCCGUGUCUUCUUUCCCGUGUACGUCUCGAUAUUCCGUAUCCGUUCGCCAAGUCCAUUGCUGUAUCAUUGAAUGUGUGAAAUGUUUUCGAUAUCAUCGUUCAACGCGCCUUCUCUUCACGUAUGACGUAUCUAACGGCAGAUCAUGCAAUCAGAGAGCUGACCGGAUGGCGCGUUGAUAAUGAACAUAUUCGAUAAGAAAUACCAACGAGUUCCGUUAACCCGAUAUACAAAGAGCCCUUGCGAAUAAUAGAAAGAUAUAUAAAACUAGGAAAUGAAGAUGACGUCUAGAAACAGAAAGAUUAAAAUUACAACUGUUGGCGAUGGCAUGGUCGGAAAAACAUGCAUGCUCAUCACGUAUACAAAGAAAGAAUUCCCAACAGAAUAUGUACCCACUGUUUUUGAUAAUUACGUUGACAGCAUAUGCGUGGGUGGUCAGCCAUUCGAAAUGACGUUAUGGGACACGGCUGGUCAAGAAGAUUACGAGAGGCUUAGACCAUUGUCGUAUCCAAAUACUGAUUGUUUUUUGGUCUGUUUUUCUAUAAGUGCACGCAGUUCCUUCGAAAACGUAGCAAGUAAAUGGCAUCCAGAAAUUAAAGCAUAUUGUCCCAACAUACCAAUUGUACUUGUAGGUACCAAGGCAGAUCUUAGAAAUCAAGAAGAUAUGGAUAUUAUUUGUCCCCGAGAUUGCAAUAAAAUGAAAAGAAAGAUUAAAGCAGUUAAAUAUGUCGAAUGUUCUGCGAUAAAACAAGAAGGUCUCGAGGAGGUCUUUAUGGAAGCUAUUAAAGCCGUUCUGAAAAAGCCGUCAUCGAGAAAGCUCUGUUGCAUCCUUUAAAAUAUUGAAAUUGAUACUAUUACCUCCGGGAGAACAUACUCCAGAGAAUUAUAAUUAGGAUUAUAAUUAAGACCUAUGUUAAACCAAAGAUUUUUGCAUUUUCUCUUCGUCUUUCUUUUUCCUAUGUAUUUUAUUUUUAACAAUAUUUUGCCUAAGAUAUAUUCCCUUUGUGUACCAAAAUUCUUUCGAGUCAUGUAAAUACAUGUUAUGUGCUAAAUUUUUAUAUCUAAUUAAUAUAAAUUUUCAUAUUUAUGUCUAAAAAAAUAAAGGUUAACUUUCUUUCCACUCUAA